CGUCCAAAAGCGCGCGACUCGAGUGCCGCUCUAAAAAUACGCAAAGCAAGAUGUGUUUUGCUCGGCUCUUGUCUCCGGAUUCUGCGAUUCUGUCAAAAUCAAAACGAUCCAUAAACGUAGCGGAUCGCGGACUGUCGGAAGAACGCACGCGUACGCUCGUGUUUGCACCUUUUUUGAUCAUAGAUUAUCGAAGUUUAUCAGUCCGUUCCUUGCCGACAAAGAGAAGAAGUAAAAGAGCAUUCCGAUACUGGUAGACUGCAUUGGAGAGUUGUGGUGGUCGACGAGGAGAGACAACCGCUUGUUGUGCCUUUUGAAGCCUUGCUCCUCGAGGUUUUCUUCGGUAGUGAGUGACUUUAGAAUUUCGCUGUUUUCGAUUAAGUUUUUUCUCGGGAAAUGGCCGUGAUCUUGCCGUCACGAUUCGCCGUGCUAAAGGUAGAAGGGGACGAACCGGACGAAUCCAAGACUGCUAAGAAACCUGCGAAGACUGGUUCCAACAGUGACAAGAAUUCGCAGGCCGCCAAGCCCAAGCCCAAAAAGAAGAAGAAGCCUGCAGAGAAAGAUGGACAGGCCAGAGCCCAAGCCACGGGCAGCAACAUCAAGCCUACAGACAAGUCUGGAGACAAGCCUCAGGACUGGGAAUCCUGGAAGAAACGAGAUGACCAGUUUGUUUCAGAGGCUUAUGAGCAAGACCUUCAACAAGCGCUCUUACUAAGCCGGCUUGAUUAUGAAGAGAAGAAAGAGUUUUACGAGGCGCACGAGAAGGAGGUCGUGCAGGUGGGGCCAGCUUCCUCGUCCGACGCCAAAAAGCCGAAAAAGAAGAAGAAUUUGUUGAAGAAGGACAAGAAGACGACAAUGUCUCUGGACGAGUUUAACCACCUGGGGGAGGCUGCCUCUUCCUGCGAGGUCCUUGAGGCCAAGGAACACCCGGAUUCGUUCGGGGCUUCUUCGGAGAAGAGGCCGCCGGUCCUAUCCAAGGAGGACAUUUUCGACGAGGUCGCGAAGGACGCCAAAACCAUCCUGACCAGGGAGCAGAGGCGGGAAGACCUCAAAAACAAGCAGCCCUUCCUUGUGGAGCAAGUGCUAAGCCUGCAGUUUCAAGACCAGCUAGACAAGAAGGACGAGGUGAUAGCGGGACUGCGUGCGGACGUCGAGAGGCUCACUGCUCAACUGCACACGGUGAAACUGCGGAACAAGCAGCUCUGCACCAUCCUGGGUCAGGGGGAGAUGCAUGACAAGGCAGAGAUUUUGCGAGACUUCGAGGAGGUGACGCAAGUCAAGGACGAGCUGACGCAGCAAGUCACCGAGCUGCAUGCUGCUCUGGAACAAGAACGCUCCAAAGUCCGUUCCCUGCAACUGGAGCUAAAAAAAUCUGGGAAGAAAGAAGGCCGGUAACGGUCCGACUGCGGUCUACACUCGGCCUCCUCGGCCGUUGCGUCAACAAGACCAUGAUUUGGACCAAAGUCUGGUUCCUUAUGAAAACUGCCCUUCGUACCUCUUUUUUGUUUUUUUGUCACGUCAUGUACAUAAGUGCUUAGAUAAAGUUGUUACUUGGCACACUG